GGAGCAGCUAAUUCAACAAUGGGGCAGUACAAUGCUUCCUUGUUGAACUAUAACAUUUUUCCUGCUGGCAUGCAGGGAGCCAGGCAAGAUCUAUUCUGUGAUUCCAAUGCGUCUCAUUUGUUUAAUGAAAGUACUCCUCGGAUGUGCACCUAUAAUUCCUUUGGCAACAACAACAUGGCGCCAAGUCUGAAAAGGGUGUCUACUGAGUUGAACAUUGGAAGUCCACAGUCUGAUCAAUUAUCACCAGAUAGCCAGAGUAGUCCACAAUCCUUUGGCACGGAACUUGAUGGGAACCGAAACUGCAACUCGAGAAAGGUUGGGAGAAGUUCUUUUCAACUCUUUGGGCAGACCAUUCCUAUCAACGAUAUUGAUGCUGUUGCUUGUACUGGAGAUGGUGGCAACAUAGGGUACAAUGAAACUGAACUUCUGAACAACCCGCUGGAUUCUUAUACCAAACUGCUAGAAAGGAUUGAUGUUCGAGUCCCAGCUGUUGAAGCUUGUACUUUGUAAACUACUUGUGGCAGCUACGCCAUGCAGUUAAGUUACUGUACAGGCUCUCAAGUCUGGCAGAAGCUGAUUAGGAUUAUUGGCAGAAGCUGAUUAGGAUUAUUAACCAAGUCUGUAUUCUGGUUUGUCUAGUUUGUGGGAUUUGGACGUUGAAACAAUCUGUAGACUUGGUUUUCGAGUUUGAAAAUUGAGUUUAGAUGCUAAUGCUAGAAGAUGCUAUAUUAUUGUUUUUCAGGUUUACCUGUAAUUUAAACAUUACAACUGUCUUUAUUAUUGGACCCUAUGUAAUUGUGAUGGUUUGCUACUACAUUCUGGAACUCUUGUUUUCCUAAUAAAAGUGGCAGGGAAUGUGUUUUUGUUUC